AUGGACAAGAGAUGGAUGCAGUACGACCGGGGGAACCCUGAAUACCAACAAGGUAUUCUAGAUUUUUUGUUAUUUGUACUUGAACAUGCUGAGGGGAGAAAUGUACACAAGUGUCCAUGUGUGGAAUGUCACAAUACUAAGUGGAUGACGAUUUACGAAAUCCACGAACACCUGAAUACAAGACGUAUAAUGCGUAGUUAUACUACAUGGAAUAUGCAUGGUGAGACAUUAGAUCAUGAACCUACCAUGGAAGAAAUCCGAGCGGGAUACUUUCAACAUGCUAGCUCAUCUAGAGGUAGUAUCGGCCCUCAUGUGGAUCCCUCUAUGGACAUUGUACAAGAUGCUUUUCCUUCGUUUGCUUCAAGACAUGAGGAUGAGGUUGUUUAUGAUACCACUGAUGCAGAUCAUGCUUUUUCACAUGUUCACAAUGGUGAUUAUGAUAAGUAUAACAGGCUAAUUGCUGAAGCGCAGACGCCAUUGUACCGAGGAUGUAAAGAAACUGUCUUGGGUGCCAUCAUCGAUCAGAUUAAAACUAAAGUUUCUAGUAAAUGGUCGAAUGUGUCCUUUAACCGUAAUUUGGUGAAUAUCAGGAAGUUGCUUCCUCCGGAAAACAACCUGCCCCACAGCUUUGAAAAGGUACAGAGUAUUUUGAAAGACCUUGGCCUUGGUUAUGAGACUAUCGACGCAUGCAAGAAUAACUGUGUUUUGUUUUAUGGAGUUGACAACCAAACCCUAGAUAAUUGUCCAGUGUGCAAUGCUUCGAGGUGGAAGACUUCUAAGAAGAGAAGGGUUCCUGUAAAGAUACUCCGUUAUUUCCCAUUGAUUCCUAGGUUGAAGCGUUUGUACAUGUCUUCACACACUUCCAAAAAGAUGAGAUGGCAUGGGGUAAAGAGGACAAAUGAUGACAUUCUCAGACACCCUGCAGACGGGGAGGCUUGGAAAUCAUUUGACAGAUGUUUUCCUGAUUUUGCAGCAGACAUUCGAAAUGUAAGACUUGGACUUGCAACAGACGGGUUUAAUCCUUCUGGAAACAUGAAUUUGUCUUAUAGUAUUUGGCCUGUGAUUGUUGUGGUGUACAACCUACCUCCAUACAUGUGUAUGAAGAAGGAAUUUAGUUUGCUGACAUUGUUAAUUCCAGGUCGUUAUUCUCCAGGAAAGUGUCUUGAUGUGUACAUGAGACCAUUGAUUGACGAGUUGAAAGAAUUAUGGGAAAAUGGUAUCCCUACUUUUGACAAGUAUAGUCAAACUUCAUUCAGGAUGAAAGCAGCAGUGAUUUGGACCAUAAGUGAUUUUCCUGGAUACGGGAUGUUAUCGUCUCAAACCACACAUGGUUACAGGGCUUGUCCAAUCUGCUUAGAGGACAUAAAUUCUAGUUAUCACGCUGGAAAGCGAUUUGAUGCGGCUUCAUUCGAUGGGAAGCAAGAGUUUGGUCAAAAACCCAGAGAGCGGUCUGGUGAGUGGAUUCUGGACAUGUUGAACUCUUUUGAUUUAAGACGUCUUAGCAGUGAUCGUUCAAUUUUGGCACGGAAUCCAAAACGUCCUUCUAGACUAGAGAACUGGACGCACAAGAGUAUAUUUUUCGAAUUGCCUUACUGGAAGAAAUUGAGAAUCAGACACUGCCUAGAUGUCAUGCACAUAGAGAAGAAUGUUUGUGACAGCGUUGUGGGAACAGUUUUCGGUUUUAAAGAUAAGACUAAGGACACUCUGAAGGCGCGGAAAGAUCUUCAAAUGAUGAACAUACGCCCUCACUUGUGGCUAAAACAGUCGGGGUCGGGGCCAACCCUGAAAAUGCCUCUUGCACCUUACAGGGUUAAUCCAGCUAAUGAGAAAAAACAUUUCAAAUGGUUUGAAGCUAUUAAGUAUCCUCAUGGUUAUGCAGGAAAUAUAUCUCGAUGUGUUAAAGUGGGGGAGAACAAGCUAAUUGGAUUAAAGACUCAUGACUGUCAUAUCAUGCUGCAACGUCUUUUCCCAGUGGUAAUUCGACCAUAUUUGCGUCCUGAUGUGGUGGAGCCUUUAGUAGCGUUGUCUAGAUUCUUUCAGCAGUUAUGCGCUAGAGAGCUAAAGAAGUCAGAUGUUCUUGAAUUAAAAGAGGACAUUGUCUACAUCAUGUGCAAGUUGGAGCGGAUUUUCCCGCCUGCUUUCUUUGACGUCAUGAUUCACCUCAUGGUCCAUCUACCAGAACAGGCGUUGCUGACUGGUCCAGUACACUAUACCUGGAUGUUUCCACAAGAAAGGUACAUUGCACGCUUUAAAGUAUGCCAGUUCACAUUUACAUAUUAUUGUUUGCACAUUAAUACUAAUAGUUCAAUUUUCAGACAACUUGGGGAGUACAAAAAAUACGUCCGCAACAGAGGGAAACCAGAAGGAUCAAUUGCAAAUGCAUACCUCUUAAAUGAGUGUGUAACCUACGGUGACUUAUAUCGCAGUAACGCAACAGAGGCGGAGUCAUCUAGAGACUCUAUUCCACAUCAAUUCAAUCUAUCAGUUGUUUCAGACGUUGUACGUUUAUUUGGUAACUUACCAAAUUCAUACAAGUUAACAACAAAUGAGCUCCGUGAAGCUCAUUGGUGCGUGUUGGACCACUGCUCCGAGGUAGAAUACUACAAAAAUAAACAUUUGGCAAAAAUCAAAGCAAGACAACCAUAUGGAGCUGAAGAGAUGCAGAAGAAAACUUUUCCUGAUUACUUUCUUAAUUGGAUGGAAGAGUUACAACAUGAGAACAACACUGAAUACUCACAAGAGUUACACCAUUUGGCUUGUAAGCCGCAACAUCACAGUGUACGUGGGGGAUGUUUUGUCAACGGUGUUAAGUUUGUCACAUUCCACCGGGAUGAGGACCGGGUUACUCAAAACUAUGGGGUCAUGGUAGAGGGGGAUGAAACUUGCUACUAUGGGGUCCUACUCUCUGUUGUCGAAUUAUUAUAUGGAGCUGGCAUGCCAGUUGUGUUAUUCAAGUGUAAAUGGUUCAACACUGACCCAAGUUUACCGAGGAGUACGAAGAUGGAUCAUGGUUUUUUAUCAGUGAAUACAGCCACAAGCUGGUAUGAGGAUGCGCCAUUCAUUCUUGCCACCAUGGCACGACAGGUGUUUUAUCUUGAUGAUCCCAAGGAAGGUGGGGAUUGGAAAGUGGCAAAUGUGAUGUCUCACCGAAACAUAUGGAGUGCAUCUAUACUUGAGGGGGAUGAUGACAGAGCAACUGAUGAUGAAAUUGAGGCGACAGAACCAUAUCAAGAAGCUUCUACCUCUCAUAUUCCUGAUACUCAGACCAUUCGCAUCAACAACGACCCCCAUUACAUACACGUGAAUGAGUUCAUUACGAUUCCUACAUCUGAUGAGGAUGAUGAAGAGGGCGAUGAAGAGGAAGAUGAGGAGCCUUACUAUGACGAGGAUGAAGAAGAUGAAGAAGAUGAUGAUAUAGAAGAUGAAGAUUAUGUAUGA